GCCCCGCCCCUCCCGGCGCCCCGCCCCGUUCUGCCGCGGCCUCGCUCCCUCCGAUCCCCCCGCGCCCGGGACCCUCGGGCCCCCUGUUGCGCCAGCCGGCCUGGUCCGGCCAUGGGUCCCGCCGCUUGCCCCACGCUGAGAUCGCCGCCGCCGCCUCCGCCGCCGCCCCCGUCGCUGCUGCUGCUGCUGCUGCCCCUGCUGCCGCUGUGGCUGGGCCUGGCGGGGCCCGGGGCCGCGGCGGACGGCAGCGAGCCUGCGGCCGGGGCGGGGCGAGGCGGAGCCCGCGCCGUGCGGGUGGACGUGAGGCUGCCGCGCCAGGACGCUCUGGUCCUGGAGGGCGUCAGGAUCGGCCCCGAAGCCGACACGGCGCCCCUGCUGGGCGGUCGCCUGCUGCUGAUGGACAUCGUGGAUGCCGAACAGGAGGCGCCAGUGGAAGGCUGGAUUGCCGUGGCAUACGUGGGCAAGGAGCAGGUGGCCCAUUUCCACCAGGAGAAUAAGGGCAGUGGGCCGCAGGCCUAUCCCAAGGCCCUGGUCCAGCAGAUGCGGCGGGCCCUCUUCCUGGGGGCCUCUGCCCUGCUUCUCCUCAUCCUGAACCACAACGUGGUCCGAGAGCUGGACAUAUCCCAGCUUCUGCUCAGGCCAGUGAUCGUCCUCCAUUAUUCCUCCAAUGUCACCAAGCUGCUGGAUGCACUGCUGCAGAGGACCCAGGCCACGGCUGAAAUUACCAGUGGAGAGUCCCUGUCCGCCAAUAUCGAGUGGAAGCUGACCUUGUGGACCACCUGUGGCCUCUCCAAGGAUGGCUAUGGAGGAUGGCAGGACUUGGUCUGUUUGGGAGGCAGUCGCGCGCAGGAGCAGAAGCCCCUGCAGCAGCUGUGGAAUGCCAUCCUGCUGGUGGCCAUGCUCCUGUGCACAGGCCUCAUGGUCCAGGCCCAGCGGCAGGCAUCGCGGCACAGCCAGCGGGAGCUCGGAGGCCAGGUGGACCUGUUUAAGCGCCGCGUGGUGCGGAGACUGGCAUCCCUCAAGACACGGCGCUGCCGGCUGAGCAGGGCGGCACAGGGCCUCCCGGAGCCGAGUGCUGAGACCUGUGCUGUGUGCCUGGACUACUUCUGCAACAAGCAGUGGCUCCGAGUGCUGCCCUGUAAGCACGAAUUUCACCGAGACUGUGUGGACCCCUGGCUGAUGCUGCAGCAGACCUGCCCACUGUGCAAAUUCAACGUCCUGGGUGAGCACCAGGGGCGGGGGCCCUCGGCCUACUCCACCUGCUCCUCACCUGAUACCUCCCUCCCUGUUCUUCUUCCCCUCCCCUGCAGGGAACCGCUACUCCGAUUAGCUGCCCAGCUGGACUCUGCACGUGGGGACGGACCUUUCCUGCCUGUACCUCGGUCCUCAGCCUGGGCUCCCAGGACAGGACAGCAAGCCCAGUGGGUGGAAGGCUGAGGGCCCCACCAUGUCCACACUGGGAAGGAGGGCCCCACAGCUUCAGACUGAGGAUCUAGGGCCGGGACCUAUCAGUCAAGGAAGAGAGGUCACUUUGAGACCUUUUCUGUAAUCCUGGGAUGCGAGCUGCCCUCCUCACAGGCAGCUCCCAGGUCAAUAGGAAAAGAGAAUAUGGGGCCAGUGUGGCUGUCCCCAGGGUUCUGGGAGCUCCCUGUGGCCUCUCAGGGAAUUCUUGGGGGCUGAGACUGCAGUGGCCAGGCUGUGUGCUUAUUUAUUGGGGGGUGGGUUGAGGGAAGAGCUAUCUGGCCUUGGGGUACCCUGGCCUGACCGUCUUCUGGGAUACAUCUUGGUCAAGACUGCCUGCCUGUUGCCCUUGGUCCUUGGGUACCAGGAGCCAUGGGUCCUGCUGCCUGUCCAGCCUGGCUCCCUUCCUGGGCCUAGCUAGGACCAGAGCCUUAGAAACCAUCCUGUCCUGGACUCCUUGGCUGCAGCUUUGUGCUGCUGACCGGGACACUCAACUCACAGGAUCAAUGUGGUGCAUCAACCAGGGGCAUCCAAUUUUUUUUUUUUUUUUUAGAGUUGGGGUAGGGAAGGUUUAAUAGUAAAAUAAACAUGGCUAUAUUUUAACAUAA